AAUGAGAGUAACAAAACAACAAAAAAUUACUCUUCCGCUCUUUCGUUCGAUUAUUUAUUGUCAAUAUCAAUAUUAUGUGAAUUGAAUGGAAAUAAAAAUAAUAUUAAAUAAGUUUAUUCGCGAAACCAAGUAUAAACAGCAUAGAAAUGCAUAUCCAUUACCAGCCUAGUCGAAAAAUGUACUAUUAUGACCAUCGUAAAGCAUAUAGAAUUCCAGAUUAUGUUUUAGAAACAAUAUUUUCAUAUUUAAGUUUAUCUGAUAUACGAAAUUGUUCGUUAGUUUGCAAAAGUUGGUAUAGAAUUCUUAGUGACGAGAACCAUGAAAUAUGGAGAUAUCAUUGUUAUAAAAAACUGGCAGAAGAAGUAAUGAGAUCCGACCUACUCUCAUCAGUUAAAACUUAUAAAUCAAAACUUAGAGCAUUCUUCCAUGCUUGGAGUCCUCGAGAUUGUUCUAGAAAUAUUCACAUAAAACCGAAUGGAUUUACUCUACACAGAAAUCCGGUCGCUCAAAGUACUGAUGCUUGUAGAGCCAAGAUUGGAUUUUAUCAAGGUCGGCAUGCCUGGGAAGUUAUAUGGGAAGGACCGCUAGGCACUGUUGCUGUUGUUGGCAUAUCUACCAGAGAUGCACCAUUACAGUGUCAAGGUUAUGUGGGACUGUUAGGUUCAGAUGAACAAAGCUGGGGAUGGAAUUUAGUUGACAAUCAUUUAUUGCAUAAUGGACAAACCCAAGGCCACUACCCACGACUCAAUAAUUGCCCCAAAUAUCAAGUAGGAGAAAGGAUAAGAGUUGUUUUAGAUUGUGAAAUUGGCACUUUGUCAUUUGAGAGGAGUUAUGAAUUUUUAGGAGUUGCAUUUCGAGGCCUUCCAAAUAGAAAAUUAUAUCCAACUAUAUCAGCUGUUUAUGGAAACACAGAGGUGUCUAUGGUGUAUUUGGGACCUCCUAUGGAUGGUUGAU